AUGAUGUAUUCUGGUAAUGGUGUAAGGGACAAUGCCAGCUUAAUCAAGAGACACAAAAGUCUACAAAUUGCCUACACAUUUGAAAAAAAAUUACUAAUUAAUAAAGAUGAUAAUUAUGCAAAUGAUAUAAAUAAAAAUGGAGCCGUUUUGAAGAGGAAAAAUAGUAGAAGGUCAGACCAGGCUGUCCGCAGUAACGGGCAUGAAAAUAAUACAUUUAAUUGCUCCGCUGAUGAUGAAACUGAUAUGAAAAUAGCAAGAUACAUAGAUGGAAUAAUACUUACUUUGUCGAACGAGGAUAAAUAUUCCAAAAAUAAUAGGUUGAGGAGUAGCAGUGUUCUCAGCUCUAAGCCUAAGAAUACAACUUUAAACAAGCUUCUUUCCACCAGGUUGUGUGAGAUAGUUAAAAUUAAGGAAUCGUGCAAGUGUAAAGAGAAAGAAGGUCCUACAAGGAAGACUACUUUUAGGAUAUCAGAAUCGUGUGCAAAGCAGUACCAUGAGAUAAAACCGGUGCUAAAUUUAUCCGAAGCUAGGAACGAUUCUUCGCUUUUAAACUCCUGUUUAAAGAGUCUAAAGUGGAAGGGUUGCAGCUACAAUGCUGGAGAUAUAUACUGGUUCGGGUUCUCAAUUAGUUUCAAUCAAAUGUGUGACAUGAUUUCUAGAAAUAAAUGUGUAAGCUACUCCAGGAUGAUGAUCAAUAAGUACCCAGACAUGAACGAGAUAACCAAAAAGAGCUACUUCUAUCACCUUUUGAACACCUACAGUGUGUAUCUCGGAGAUGAUCAGUGGUUUCCUAAGAGCUUCAGUAUGCCUGAGGACUUGAAGAGGGUGUUACACACCCUGGAAAAAGAUGUUCCUCUUAUAUUUAAGCCUUCUAAUGGCUCCAUGGGCCAUGGUGUAAAGCUUGUGACCGUUCCUCAUGAUAUUACUGACGAAAUGCUCCUCAAUUACACUGCUCAGGAGUACAUUGCACGUCCCCUGCUGCUGAAUGGCAAAAAAUUUGAUAUCAGGGUCUACCUUCUGCUGAUUGGUGAAACAAGGGCCUUCAUCUACAAGAACUCGCUCGUCAGGGUCUGCACUGAGGAGUACAGUUACCCUUCAAAGGACAAUUCUAAAAACAACUUCAUCCACCUCACCAACUACAGCAUCAACAAAUCCAACGUUUCAAGCUACCACAGGGGCGACCUGGACGAUGAAAGGAACAACAAACAGUUACUCUUUCCCGUGUUGGAUAAUCUCGAGGACGUAGGCUACGAUAAGAAGGAGAUAUGGAAUCAAAUUGUCAACAUCUGUUCACUGGUGUGUGGUACCGUGGGCCCCGAAAUCCACCUCAACAGCCGAUUGUCCACUUCAAAGAGUAAAAAUCUCAGAAAAAUGCCCGGAUACUUCCAAAUACUAGGAUUGGACGUGAUAAUUGACUCGUAUGGAAAGGCCUGGCUUCUUGAGGUAAACAGUUGCCCUAGCCUCAAAACGAGCUACUUUGAUGGCAAGAACUUCAAGGAAGACUCUGUGGAUUUGAGGGUAAAGGUGCCUCUGGUGACUGGAGCCCUGAAUCUAGUACACCAAUACGAAUUCCUUAAAAAAUCAAAGGAUUCGCAGGCAAUGAACUUCAAAGACGGCCCAAACCUCAGUAAAGUUAGACAAACUCCCUCAAAUGUAGCUGAUACUGAAAAUGGUGGCAUAGAUAAAAAUCAUCCAACGAUCAAUUGCGAAAAUAUUAUUGAUGAUAUUGAUGAUGAUUGGGAGGAGGUUGGAAUUACCGGCUCAGGGAGACUUGAAAAUCUAAUGAGGCUGUUCAAAAUAGCUAAGAGGGAGAACUGGGAAACAAACACACUUUCAAAAAGAGAAUGGAUAUCCUUUUGCACGUCUGGAGGCAUAACAGAUCUGGCUAGCCUAAUAAUGAUCAUAAUGUCAAAAUACACAGGUACGAAAAGUAAACCUAAUAUUAGCUUAGAAAACAAAAUUGCUGCCAAUUGUGAAAGUGAUGUCUUGAAAAAUGAAAGUUACAUGUCUGGAAAAAAUUUGGUGUCCCAAAUGUUCUCAGAAUCCGUAGGAAGGCAUGGAAGAGAAGGAGAAAGAAGAAUUUGCUUCUCAUACUUUGUGUACAUUCUGGGCCAAAUUUCAAAAUUGGUGGAAAAAUGGAUUAAGAAAACACAGAGAGAAAUCGUAUACAAUAUGUGUGAAAAAUAUAAAAUAAUGAUUAAACUGGAUGAGCUGGAUUGGAAAACAUAUCAACCUCACAAAUCAUCAGAAAAAAUAAAAGUGGAAGUUACAGAGGAUUUAUUAAAUCUUUUAAAUCAUAAUUUUAAUUUGUGA